ACUCACACGGAGCAGUGGGUUUGAGAAAAUAAAGUCGAAGAUGUGGUGGUAUUGCAUGUAUGCUAAUGCUAAUGCCACUGCUCCAAAUUAGAAAAUGGAUUCAAGUCUGUUCCGAUUAUCAACUCCAACGUUUACGCUGCCAAGAGCAAGGCCCAGCCUUUCCUAUAAAAGAAUUCAUUGUCAGAAUCAGAGUCAGAGUGAGAACGUGGCGUUCGACGAAGCGGCUUUCGAGGCCGAGAGACUCAGCCUUGACGCCAAGGAUCGUGAAACGAUGAUGGCUCAGUCUAGUAGUAAUGGUGGUGACCCGAAAGCUUGGAAAUGGGUAAUCCGAAAGAGAAUUUGGGAUACGAUGGAAGCCCUCAAUAUUGCUCAGAAUCCCAGACCUGUUCACCACCGGAUUCCCAAUUUCGUCGCUGCUUCAACUGCUGCUAAAAAUUUAAGUAAGUUGAAGGAGUUUGGGGUUGCCAACUGUGUAAAGGUUAACCCGGAUUCGCCUCAGAAACAAGUUAGAUUUCUCACACUUUCUGGUGGAAAGAAGUUGUUAACUCCUCAGCCCCGAUUAAGGACUGGGUUUUUCUCUGUUCUUGAAUCCCAUAUGUUAACUCCUAGUGUCAUCUAUGAGGCUUGCACCUCUGUUGGGGUUGCCAAGUAUGGCCGGUCUAUUGGACUAGAUGAAAAGAUAAAGGUGGAUCUAAUUGUUAUUGGCUCAGUUGCUGUUGACCCAAAGACAGGUGCUCGACUUGGCAAGGGUGAGGGAUUUGCAGAACUUGAAUAUGGGAUGCUGCGCUACAUGGGAGCCAUUGAUGACUCAACACCAGUUGUCACAUCUGUGCACGAUUGUCAAUUGGUAGAUGAUAUUCCAGUUGAGAAACUGUUAAUCCAUGAUGUGCCAGUAGACAUCAUAUGCACUCCCACCCAGGUCAUUUAUACCAACACGUGUAUUUCAAAGCCUCAAGGAAUUUACUGGGACAAGUUGUCACCUGAGAAGCUGGGAAAAAUUCGAAUACUGAGAGAGCUGAAGAGCAGAAUUGAACGAGAGACAGGGCAGAAACUUCCUUGUGGUCCUGAGAAACUGCCACCCUCAGCUCCUCGGAGGCGCUAACUUAUUUUACAAUAUAACUUGGGGAUAAAUGGAAGAAAAUAAAAAGAAAGAAAGCCAAACCAAAUGCCAACUUUUAUUUAUUUAUUUUAAUAUGAGAAAAUAUGACUUAAUAUCAGAGACGUGAAUGUGAGGAAUGAGUGAUCAUUCAUUAUUCUAAUUCAAUUGUAUAUACCCUUUAUUCAC